AGUUUCACUCUUCGCUUCGCGUCGUCCGUCUGUUCCUUUCUCUUCAAUAGCACACUAAGCUCUCGAGCCACGAGCGAGAGAGACAUUCUACGAGCAGCAACAGAAGCCGUGAAGUCGCCGCGCCGCGUCUUUUCUUAGCAGUUGAAAAAUCGCCGCCACCGCGCGCGACCUACAAUAAUAUACUUAGUGCCCGCUUACACGAGCGAGUCUCCAGCUCUGGAAGCUGCGCAACGCCAUAGCAGCAUCAUCACGCAGACUGCAGGUAGCGACGACUAAGUUGCAGCAGCAGCAGCAGCAGCCGCCGAGAGGAUGGAAGAGGAGACGGAAAUGAGCGUCUCGCGGAUGAACCGCGUCUACUACGCGGCCAGGGACGGCAUGGCCAUCACCCUCUACGCCAUGCUCAACGACAACGAGCCCGAGUACAGCAACAAACUCAUCAGCCAGAAAGUACUACAAGAAGAUGGCCAAUGUUGUUCACCUUUCAUCGUAGCUGCAAGAUUUGGUCAUAACAAAGUUGUCAAAAUGCUUCUAGAUAAAUUUACGCUAGACAUAGAACAAGAAGGAAGAGUGAAAUUCGAUGGGUACAUCAUUGAAGGUGCUAGUGCUCUUUGGUGUGCUGCAGGUGUAGGGCACUUGAAUGUUGUCAAAACACUUGUUAAAGCUGGUGCAAAUGUAAAUCAUCCCACAAAAACAAAUUCCACUCCUGUGAGAGCUGCUUGCUUUGAUGGAAGACUGGACAUAGUAAAAUAUUUGACAGAUCAUUCUGCAAAUAUUCAUAUUGCCAAUAAGCACAACAAUACUUGUUUAAUGAUCGCUGCUUAUAAAGGUCAUCUUGAUAUUGUAAGCUUUUUGCUAGAGAAUGGAGCAGAUCCCAAUGAACAAGCUCAGUAUGGGGAAACAGCACUGCACUUUGCUGCUGAAUGUGGUCAUUGUACUAUAGUCAAAGAGUUGCUGAAACACGGUUCAAAAAUGACAAAGAAUGCAAAAAAUAUGAGUCCAUUAAUUUCGGCGGCAGAAAGAGCAAGGGCAGAUGUUGUAGAUUGUCUUAUUGAGCAUGAAGAUGUAAGUAAAGAAGAUAUGAUUGAAGCUUAUGAACUUCUCGGCGCUUCGUUUGCAAAUGAUAAAGACCAUUACUGCCUUCAAAAAGCAUAUACUUAUUUACACAAAGCCAUGGCCUUAAGGUAUAGUGAUCCAAAUAAUAUCAUUAAAAAAGUUCCUGGAGAACCAAUAGCGGCGUACGAAAAUUGGCGAGAGGCAGAGACUGUACAAAGACUAGAAAUUAUAAAAAAUAAUCAUAAUGCCAUUCACAUGGAGUCCCUUACCAUAAGAGAAAGAAUUUUAGGGAGACAAAAUCCAGACGUGCCACAACCCGUAAUUUAUAGAGGAGCUGUUUUUGCAGAUAACGCAAGAUUUGAUAGAUGCAUAGACUUGUGGCUGCAUGCCUUGAAUCUUAGACAAAUGAAUAAUAUGUCUAUUUCUAAGGAUCUACUACGUUUCGCUCAAGUAUUUUCUCAGAUGAUUCACGUUGGAGUGGAACUGAAAUUCCUGCAAGUAUUAAAUGUUUUAGAAGCGAGCGUCGUCGAAUUAGGAAGAAAUAAGAAAAAAUUGAUUGAGCCAGAGCCUAAAGAAGAUAGCGACCAAUCAAUUUCUGAAGAAAUAGAAUCAAAUAUAACCAUUACUCUUUAUAUAUUGACGAUAUUAACAAAAUUAAUGACGUUGAACGAAAAGGGCUAUGACGAAACCGAUAUCAAGAGAGCUCAUCACUUGGUACAUAAAUUAUGUGCUCUUCAGAUCUUGUGGAGGCUGGUGCCCACAUGGAUACUGUCAAUAGUCAAGGAAAAACCCCCUUUGAUGCAGCAACUACUGGUGUUGCCGAAAUUAUUCUUCGAACGCAAACCAAAUUGUCUUUGAAGUGCAUGGCAGCUAAAGCUGUGAAAGCGUAUAAUCUUUUGUACUGUGGUAAUGUCCCACGUUCUCUAGAAAGCUUUAUCGAGUUACAUGGACCUGGAUUAAAUCAAGGGUGACAUUACCUUCCCUUAAAAUUCGAAAGAAAACUUUCUUAAAUGUUCCUCGUUAAAGAAAAUUGUACUGAUGCCAAAAAAAAGAUUGUAGAUAGACUUUUUUGUAAUUGAUUAAAUUAAAAAUCUAUUUAUAUUACUUAUUACUAUGAUAAUGUAUAAAGAUUUAAGUUUUUUUUCUAACUAUAAAAGAUGUAAAAAGUGUUACAAAAUAAAGAUUUUAUUACCAUUUCGAAAACUUUGCGAUAAAA